GGCGUAGGAGCAAGGGGCUACACUGACAGCAGGAAACAACUGGAACAGAAUAGUUUGGGUUCUAGAGGAGCCAGAGCUUUCUGAGCCAUGCUAACGGAGGUGGUCUCUCUGGCGAACGCCUUAUGGGCAGGGCUCCAUGCCCGGACUUUGCUGGUGGGUGCUGUCGUCUUUCUGUUGUUUGCUGUCUUCAAAAAGCGGCGCCCAAAGAACUACCCGCCAGGGCCCUGGCCUCUACCUGUGCUUGGCAACUUAUUUGAAGUUAACCUUGAGGAUUCGCACUUGGAUGUUCAAAAGUUGGUGAAGAAAUAUGGGAAUGUUCUUAGCCUGGAUUUUGGUAACGUGUCUUCAGUGCUCAUAACUGGACUGCCCUUAAUCAAAGAAGUUCUUUCUCAGACAGACCAGUUCUUCCUGCACCGCCCUGUAACGCCUCUCCGAGAACGUAUCUUUAGGGGAAAUGGAUUGAUCAUGUCUAAUGGCCAAAUAUGGAAGGAACAAAGAAGGUUCACUCUGACAACAUUAAGGAACUUUGGUUUAGGAAGGAAGAGCCUGGAGGAACGAAUCCAGGAGGAGGCCUACCACCUUGUUGAGGCAAUCAAAGAGGAGAAUGGACAGCCUUUCAACCCUCACUUCAAGAUCAACAAUGCAGUUUCAAACAUCAUUUGCUCUAUCACCUUUGGGGAGCGCUUUGAGUACCAGGAUGCCCAGUUCCAGGAGCUGCUGAAGUUACUGGAUGAGGUCACGUUUCUGGAAGCUUCAAGAUUCUUGACUCAUUUCACAGACAAGAAUGCUUCAAGUUUCGAUGAAGAGAACCUCAUCUGCAGCACCCUGGACCUCUUCUUUGCUGGAACUGAGACAACUUCUACAACGCUGCGCUGGGGUCUGCUUUACAUGGCCCUCUACCCAGAAGUCCAAGAAAAAGUGCAUGCUGAGAUUGACAGAGUGCUUGGCCAGUGGCAGCAGCCAAGCAUGGCCGCCAGAGAGUUCAUGCCCUACACAAAUGCUGUCAUCCAUGAGGUGCAGAGAAUGGGCAACAUCAUCCCCCUGAAUGUCCCCAGGGAAGUGGUGGUUGAUACCACUUUGGAUGGAUACUACCUGCCAAAGGGGACCAUGAUCCUGACCAAUUUGACUGCUUUGCACAAGGACCCCAACGAGUGGGCCACCCCUGACACAUUCAACCCUGAGCAUUUUCUGGAGAAUGGACAGUUUAAGAAAAAGGAAUGCUUCCUGCCUUUCUCAAUGGGAAAACGCGGAUGCCUUGGAGAACAGUUGGCUAAGACUGAGCUAUUUAUUUUUUUCACUUCCUUUUUACAAAAAUUUACCUUCAAGCCCCCAGACAAUGAGAAGUUGAGCCUGGAGUUCAGAAUGGGCCUCACUGUCUCCCCUGUCAGCCACCACAUCUGUGCUAUCCCUAGGGGAUGAUGCUGUUGGAGAAGGAAAAGGAAAGACAGGGGAAAAAAAAAA